ACUUAAACAUAAACAUAUAUUAGGGGUGUAGUGUUGUACAAUAAUAAAUAAAAAUAAUACAGUUUAGUUCUGUUUUGCUAUAUACAUCCUAAUCUGCUAAUUUUUCUUGUUAUUUUUGAUAUGCGGUAACUGUUGUUAAGUUUUUUACUUGCUUUUCAUAUUAUUUAUUCUGAAUUUUACAUACGGUAGGUACCCAUUAUCUUAUUCAAUGGAUAGAAAGUCUACAGCAAGAGAUAUUAAGGGACUUAACCCGAAAUUUGCCUUUACAAAGGACAAUGAUAAACAUCAGAACAAAAAUAAGAAUUUUAAGAAAAAAGACUUCAAGCCAAGAAAUACAGCUCAACCACUAAAAAACAAGUUUGGAGGAACUUCUUUUAACCCAAAGCAUGAUAAAAAACAUAAAGGAGCUCUUGCCCAGGCUCUGGAAGAAUACAAAUCUAAAAAGCAAGAAGAACAUAGACAAAGAGAAGAAAAUAAACACAAAAAAGAAGAAAUGAACAAAGCACUGCAACGUUAUAAGGAAAAGAAAGCACAAAAGUUAAAACGACUUAAUAAAAAAACAAAGAAGGGACAACCUAUAAUGAAGUACUGGAUUGAAGACAUGUUGCAAAAAAUCCAAAGCACAUCAUGAAUAAAUAUUUUACGUAAA